UACUAGGAUUUUACGUGUUCAUCGUUAUAUCAGCGCAUGGGGUGAUAUCCCGAAGGGAGAUAGGACUAGUGAUGUAAAGUUUCACUUUCAUUGUCAAGACAGAGAAACGAAAUCCUCAUUUCUAUAAUUUUUUUAAAGAAAAGAAAGACCGGCCCACGGCGACGAGAACGGGCAAGUUUGACACGACAGUGCAGGCGAAGACAGGUUGGACAGAAUAUUAUAAUCAUGUAACAAGUCACCUGAAAUAGAUAACCUGCUUACUGACGCAAAGAUUUCCAUGGCAACAGAUUUGUGGAGGGAUCCCUCCAGUUAGCAACGCGAACUGAAGACGCUUGAUGAAGUUUUAUUUGUCAUAUACACAACACAUGGACAAUGUUUAUCAAACAUAGACCAAGGUUCGGAGUUAUAACAAGCGAAAAUCCCUCUACAUAAGAGGUUUAUAUAUUACAUUUAUCACAAUUACUUUCAGGCAAUAAAAUAAACAUUUUAUUUUAAGUCACACUCUCCGCCAAAUUUACAGUUUAUGUGCAGUAUACACCGUACACGUACAUGUACAGUACAUGUGUAGUGUACAGUCAAAGCAUUUUCUAAAUAAGGCUAGCCGUUACUAUGCUGCGUUGCACGUCACACUGUUUAUGUGCAAAGCCUAUCAAUCAACUUAUCAACUGGACUCUCAUUGGUCAACACUGCCCUACUUAUUCCACCAAUGAUUACAUAAGUGACGUUAUGGAACGUCAGCAAUGGAUUUCGAAGAAGUCCCGCCUUUAGGUCAAUAUUGACCAAUCAAAGAGAAGAAUGAUGACCCGCGCACCGCUGGGGAAAUUUGUGAAUGAAAAUGCCGCGCGCAGUUGGUGUGCAAUGCACAUGCACAUCAUCAUGCAGCCGGUUGUCGUAUCAGCUGCGUACGCUGCAUAAAGCCACGUUUAUCUACAUUACUAGUGAAUGCGUGUUAGUUCUCAUAGUAAGUCAGGAUAUGUCGCAACAUCAAAACACUUCCAAAUAUUGCCUUUACCCGCGUAACACGCCGUGGUCACCCGUCCAACAAGUGGAUUGAUUUCCUGUUACCGUCGUCUCGAGGUUUUAUCGGACGAUUUCUCUGUGGAUGCUACGAGACUGGUCGAGUUCAAAUAUCUACGGACUAAGCCCACGACCAGUGUUAAGUGCGAGUAAAUAGUAGGCCGACGGGAAGCCAGCCACAGACCGCGGGGUGACCGACUUUGAAGCGACCGUGUGUCGGGCCCCCAUCUCGUCAAGCAGGGUUUACGGACGCAAAACCUGUUGAUAGUUGAAGAACAGUUUCAUCACAAUGUACCACAGUGAGGUUGAUUCUACCAUGGUUGUACCAGACCUCACCAUGUUGAACACAUCACACAAGACGCAUUACCAUAGUCACACUCACAGCCAAGACAAUUUCAGACCGGGCAAGCCCAGACCGCGUGCACUGGAGAUGAUCAGAUUAUACAAGGCGUCGGACCCCAGUGAGUCGCUGAAGGAGUCAGACCGGUACAGCAGAAUGGUCGACGUGACUGAAGCGACGAGUGCUGUGAAGACCGAACCCAAUGCGCAGGAAGUACCCACAGGGUUUGAGUUACCGGACGAGUUGUCAGGAAGCCCUGUUGAUUUACACCCGGCUGUGCCUCCGCCCACCCCAGGAACCAACGCGUUAAUGAAUGCCUGUCUACGCGAGAGCUUCAGCAGUUUCCAGAAGGAGCAAGACAGGCUUGGAAUACCCCGAGAUCCAACACAAUGGACGGAGUGCCAAGUGGUGGCUUGGGUCCUGUGGGCAAUCAAAGAAUUCAGUCUGGAGGGUGUCUCCGUGUCCAAUCUGCGCAUCCCUGGCCACGAGCUAUGUGCACUUGACAAAGCUGACUUCCUUGGUAGGGCACCCCCCUUCAUGGGGGAUAUUCUCUGGGAACACAUUGACAUGCUGCGAAAAGAAUGUGCAAGUCCACCACCGCAGACUGAGCCAGUUGUCUCCACGGCAACCACGGUAACGACGACACAGUCGGACGUCAAGCUGGAGUCCGCCUACACAAGUUGCAUGCCGCGCUUUGACGACUUUCUCAGUCAGGGUUUUUCGGUGGAGCAACCGCAGGCGGUUCCGGUGGCGACCACACCCACCACCUUCAGCGACGGCAUGUACCAGAUUUCCGAGUCGCUGCAGACGCUCAACGAGUUCAACGCCGAGGAGAUCUUGAGCAUCAAGCAGGAGGACCCCGGCAGCAGCUCGGACUACUACAGUCUUGAGCCCUCCCCCAGCUCCGCCCACUACCUGGAGGCUGCCACGCCCGAGUUCUACAGCAACCCCAUGAUGUUCGACCCCAACACCUCGUACUUCCAGAACAACAACUACAGUAAAAUAGAUCAGUUUGGUGGCUUUGACACCUUUGAGAACCCCAGCAAUGGCUACCAGCAGGUUCCCAUCUGCAAGUCGCUGUCGGACAGCUGCACGAGUUCUGACCUCAAUGGGCUGGUCCACACAAAUGUCACGCGGUCCACCUCACCCUUGGAAGGCUCGUCGAACCCCGUCAUUCCCGCUGCCGUGCUUGCCGGUUAUUCAGGUACAGCUCCUUCGAUAUUCAGCGGGAGUGGUCCAAUCCAGCUUUGGCAGUUUCUCCUGGAGCUGCUGACCGAUCGGACCUGCCAGCACAUCAUCAGCUGGACAGGGGACGGCUGGGAGUUCAAGCUGUCGGACCCAGACGAGGUGGCCAGGCGCUGGGGCAAGCGCAAGAACAAGCCCAAGAUGAACUACGAAAAGCUGAGCCGGGGCCUGCGCUACUACUACGACAAGAACAUCAUCCAUAAGACCGCCGGCAAGCGCUACGUGUACCGCUUCGUCUGCGACCUGCAGAGCCUUCUGGGCUACACCCCCGAGGAGCUGCACGAGAUGGUGGGCGUCAGCCCCGCCCGGGAUGACGACUGAUUGAAGCCGUGGUAGCAGACUGACCUCUCUCCACACCCUCCAAAGCCACGCCGUAAUUUUCAAUCCGUCGGCGUGAUGCCAACUGAAAAGCGACUCUCAGCCACCCUCAGUCGUUACUCAAAUGUCCUAACGUAGGCUUGCCUCUCACUGGAGGUGACCGACAAACUCUUGACUCUUUGCGGAGAAUCCUUGCUGUAACCCGCUUGUGAUGGGAUCUCGACUUCAGUGGGAAGUGCCACCCAGUUUUUACACCCUCAAAGGUCCUAGAAAAUCUCAAAUGAUUAUGCUUCCUUUAUGUAAUACACUCAAUUGUUCGUUCUGGUGUUUCUCUAAAAUGCAGCAUAUGCUGCAGAUAAGUGGCUGAGAAAAACGACUCAACUGAUCAGUUAUUCUGCUUUUUGAUAGGAGAGUCGGGGGUUGGUCAGCAAAGUAAUGGCUCCACCCUUAUAAGGACUUGUAUGUGUUAUAUAUCCAUUCCAAGGAAACCUUGAGUUGUUCCAAUGCUCUGAUUCAUGGUGCUCUUUUCUGAUGGUUUUAUUUGGCCAGAAUUUGUCUGGCUUCAGCUUUGUGCAUGUCUAUAGAAUGUCCUUGGCGACACUGUUGUAUGGGUCAGUUGUGUGCCAUGCUCGCCAAGCCGGCAACGUCAUUUCAACAAACUUGAAUGGCCCGAGGCCUCUGGCUGUUUUCCCAGUGUCCCCCUUUCUGUGCAGGGUAAUUUCUGGAAGCCAAAAAGAAAAGUCUUGAGGCAUGUCGAUUGUGCCUCUGUUGAUAUGUUGACCUGUAGUGUACAAAAACAAUGGGGUUCUGGUAAAUAUAUAUAUAUAUACAUAUAUACUCUACUUAAACCGUUUUUAUUCCUUGUUUAGGAAUGUCUGUUGCCAUGCCAACUUUGUGUUUUGACUGCUCAGUAUUUCUUGUAAAGGCAGUAUAGUGUUUUCAUGUGAUGUCCAACACACAAGUGUUCAAAUAUUUGGCAGCCAGUCUGUUGAGUUUACUUCGCAAAGUGCACUGGUAUAAUUGCAUUACCGAAGUUCUUUUUUUUAUACAAAAGACUUUAAGUAAAUUGUUCUUGGCUGAUCUGUGCAUUUAUCUGAGUCUGGUCAUUUGUUCCCAAGUAAUUUUUCUUUCUAAGAAAAAUAAAUGGUGCUCUUUAUAAUAAUCACACAGGCAUUCCUUUUCCAAAAUGAAAAACAAAAUUCCACUUUCUAGCAGAAAAAAAUUUGUACUGGUAUUGUAUAUGCCAACAGAGAUGUAUACAAAGAGUGUAAGCUUUUGUGGGGAAAAAGAGUCAGUGUUGUUAAUUUAUUUUUAAAAAUCAGUUUUAUUUUAUGCAGACAAUCGCUACAGGUUGUCAUAUUUUUAUGGUCUUUCUGAGAUUUUAGUAGCCUUACAUUUAUCUAGCAAAGCAGCUCAUUUCCUGUCUUACUGGUAUUCAGGCACAACUUGGGGGGGUUUACCUGUGGCUGGUUUCCAUGGAAACCAUGCGUGUACAGUUUUAUUCUGUAAAUAAAUUCCUGUCUAGUUGUAGUACUUAGUCUUCAGUUAAAAACUUUAAAAAGUAAACGACCAAUGUCGCAAAUGGUGAUGUACUUGAAAAGAUUCUUUGUCCUCAAAAAAGUGUGAUUACAGUACAGUCGCAGGUUUGUAAGAGCCAGAGAAUGAAACAUAAACAAAACUUGGCCAUCCCUGAGUUCUCAUCCGAUGGGUUUGAAUCUGUAAUUAGGUUAGAGUUCAUGUGUUUAACCUCUUUUGAACUGGGUUGGAGACUUACUCAGUUCCACAGGAGGCAAUUCAGUUUUGCCGAUAUUUUUUAAAAGAGUUGUUCUGUACACUGUUCAUCUAUCUGAGUCUAUCCCUUGCACAUUUUUAAACAUUUCGACCGACAGAGCUUAAAUCAACGUCAUCAAUACUAAUUCGGUCAAUCAUUUGACACAUGUAGGCUAAAAUGGUAUCGUCUUAUAGCUGUGUCUUGUUUAGGCUGUAUUUCAACUUUUGAAAAUCAAUGUAAACGUUCUCAAAUCUGAGUUUUGCGGGCCAAAACCAGAUUGUAAAAUCGCACACUUUUCAACUUCCACACCAUAGGUGCGCCCUCCGACGUGCGGCAUUAUUUUUAAAUUUCAUGUUCAUGUCUGUAACUUUCACACCUCUGGUCUGUGUGGCAAGUUCAGGGGUCAUUUGUAACAACCUGUAAGUUUGCGUCGAGAAAGAUUUGGAUGGGACCGAUGUAAUGUCUUCUUUUGAAAUCAGAUAUUUUUAACACUGGUUUUCAAUACAUUAUAUAUCACCAAUGCUCUAUUUUCUGAACGUUUUUCACACAUUUUUGUACAAAACAAAUCUCACAGCCAGACUGUUGAAUUUUUAACGUAUUUUUGCUUAAAACUGUGGGCGAUUAUUCUCUUUCCGAGAUGUGUUGUUUUAUUCUUAUUAUGUAAAUGUGUAUUAUUUUCUUCGUAGUUUGAGGACACACUCUAUGUACCGUUUGUUGUUAGAGCAAAAUGUAAACAUGUUCCGUAUGCGAUGUGCCGCGAAUUUGUAAGUAGGAGUUGGGAGCUGAUCUUGAUUUGAAGCACUGUGAACACGUGACUACCGUACUGAGCAUGCGCCGUAUAAUGAUGUGCACAUUGCAUGAUUUGGCCGCCUAUUGAUGUUGGCCGUUGUUGUUUGCGGAUGGUACGUGUUUUGUGUUUGACUUUUAAGAGUGACAUUUCAAACUUUUGAUCUCGCUCUCUGCUUAAGAAAAAGUUGUUAUACAUUAGAGAAGUGUUUAUGUUUUGAUUUUCUGUUGUUGUCUUUUUAGGAUAAGUUUGACAGAAACAUACUCCAGUGCUGGCACUGGUGUUCGAAAAGAAUUUUUUUUUCAUCAUGACUACUGUAGAUGUGUAAAUGUUUAUGUAAAAAAGAAAGAAAAAGUCAUUGUCACUCCUUGUAUUGCCCCGCGAUAUUUCUUCCUUCGCUUAGUUUAUGAAGAACGUAGGCUUAGUGUACACGUUGUACAUGUAUCACGUCGUCUGCGUGUAGACGUGCAUAGCGUUUUACCACAACUCUCGGCGUGUUAUGUAUGGUAGGCCGGCGAGUCAGGAACUAGACUUGGACAAUUAUUAUUGUCUGGGCUUCGCUUCUGACCGAAAAGAGUCCCUACUUUGGUGCGAUGUCUCUCAAAAAGAAGAAAAACAAUCACAUUCGGAACUGAAAUCAAACCAAUCAGAAACCGUGACAUUAAAUGCGAAACUGAAGUGGGAAGCCAUCCAUGGCAAAGCCCAGGUCAAGGAAAUAACUCUGUGUCAGGUUUCCCGAUCCCAGACCAAAAUUAUAAAAGCGGAUCUGUUUGUUAAGCUGUUCCUUUCUCCACAAGUUUGUGACGUAUCUACGCAUUAUUUACCUUGACCAUUCAUGUCAUUGUUCUAAAACUUGUGCCUUUGUAAUAACUAACGCUUCGUUGAAUGAUCCUUGUUCAUUAUGUCCAAGCUUCAAUAAAAGAAGGAAAAGAUUACUUGA